UGUUACUGUGUAUUAUUUCAGGCAGUCGCUUUAGUCCGGAGAUACAGCCAUGUCCUCGGCGGAGGUAGUUCUGGGUUUCCUGGAAGACGCGGAGCCGUGGCGGCUUCGCUCGCCGCAGUUUCCCAGUAAAGUCGGGGGGAAGCCGGCGUGGCUCUCCCAGCGAGGCCUACCCUCACUGUCCGGGCUGGAGUGUGACAUAUGCCGCCUGCCUCUGGCCUUUCUGCUGCAGGUGUACGCACCCAUUUCUGGUCAGGACAGAAGUUUCCACAGAACUUUGUUUCUGUUCUGCUGCAAAACUCCUGAGUGCUACACACGUAACGACAGCCGCUGUAUGAAAGUAUUCAGAAGUCAGCUGCCUAGAAAGAAUGAGUUCUACCCCUACGAUCCACCACCAGAGGAUGAACCCCCCCGCGAUCUCGAGAAAGACCACAGUGUGCUGCCUGUCUAUGGAGUUAAACUGUGCUGGGUGUGUGGUUGCCCUGGCAACAAAGCCUGCUCCCGCUGUCAUGCUGUAACCUACUGUGGAAAACACCACCAGACCCUCCACUGGAAACACGCACACAAGAAGGAGUGUUGCAGCCCGGAAGCGACUCUUGUCACAGCCUCUCCCUGCAUCUUCCCUGAGUCUGAGCUGGUCACUGAGCCUGAGGAAGAGGAAGAGGAGAAGGAGGCUGAAGGAGAAGAGCAGACGGCCAAUGCUCAGAGUGAAGAUUGUCCCUCCUUAGAAGAAACCCUGGCAGAGACAGACCUAGAGGAGAUGGCUAUGCAUGAGACUGAAGAUAACAAAGUCUUCCAGCGGUUUAAAAAGAAAAUCGCACCAGAGCCACACCAGGUGUUGCGUUACAGUCGAGGAGGCUCUCCCUUGUGGGUCUCUUCCACGCACAUCCCUUCAGAUCAGGACAUCCCAGCAUGCAUCUGUGGCGCCAAGAGGACUUAUGAGUUUCAGGUGAUGCCCCAGCUGUUGAACAGUCUGUGUGUGGACUCCACAGGAGCCAGUAUCGACUGGGGGACCCUGGCUGUCUACACAUGCUCCGUCAGUUGUAACCAUGACGACGAGUACUGCCCUGAGUUCGUUUGGAAGCAGGACUUCAGCUCAGAUCAACAAACACAGAUUAAACAGUCAUAAUAUCUCUGUUAUGGUGGACAGAGUCUUAAGAUGCUCAAACAGUUUGUUAAAACUUGGACUCAGCAGUGACGAUCACACUUGAAGUGACUUAACUUCCCAAGAAGUGGACUCGACAUGUUCUACUGCUCAUGUAUGUGACUGAUGAGACAUGGAUCUGUUGUUAACAUCAGUAGCCAGGUUUUUCUGACUGGUGAGAACGUGUUUCCUGGGUUAUUUCCAUUCCCAGCCCUGCAUACUGUUCGUACAAGACAUCAUGGUCAGUAAAACUAAGAACAUAAUAGUUCUUAGAACAUAAUAGUUUUUAGUUUUACGUGCCUUAUGAUCACGUAAAACUAAGAACAUAAUAGUUCUUGGUUUUACGUACCUUAUGAUCACAUCAUUAAACUUUUUUUUUUUUUUAAGAUUUUUUCGGCACAGACGCCUUUAUUUAACAGCAGACAGACAGGAAACAUGGGAGAGAGAGGGGGUUUGACAUGCAGCAAAGGACUACCGGCCGGGAUUCGAACCCAGGUCGGCUGCGUAUGUGACAUACCACUCGACCACCUGCGCGGCCGACACAUCAUUAAACUUUAAUCAAUUUUGUCUAAAUCAGCAUUCAUCGGAUUUUCCGUCAGACAGAAAAUGUACCCAAAGCUCCACUGAAGUGUUGUGAGGCCCUCUUGAUGUUUGUUUUAAAAAACUUAUAUAUAUAUAUAUAUGCAUAUAUACAGAUACGUUCAUAUUUGGACACUGACACAAGUUUUAUUUGACCUGUUUACCAAAACAUAUUCAAGUUAAGUUAUAUAAAUGAUAUGGGUUUAGAGGGCAAAUUAAGUGGUAUAAACUGUGCUUAUACCAAUUUUUCAUGUCACAGAAAGAUCAGCUGUGUUACAUGAAAAAUCAAAUUACACUUACGUAAAGACAAACAGUCAAAUAUUAAGUUUAAAUACAGGCUGUGUUUUUACAGCUUUAAUCUGAAGCCUUUACUUUUUUUACAUUCAGGCUGGGCGAAAAGAGAGCAGUUAUUGUGUCAGUGAAUGAGAGGUAGAAAAAUACUACACCACUGUCUCUGACCUUAAAGCCACAGCUGUUCAAUGUUCAAAUUCAAUAAACAACCUCCAGUAUACAAUAUCAAAGUUUGACUUUCAUUUUUGCUUUUUUAAAUAAAAAGUUGACAUAUUUACGAAAUGAUGACGUCUUUUUCAAAAUGUUAUAUUUCUCUCUGUAGAUAAAUACUGACUCAAUUAUAAGAUAGUAAAU